UCGCGCCCUCUCGCUGCCUGGUGAAGGCGCGGACGGUGUGCGGAGGCGAGCGCGCUGAGGAGGGGCCGCCGGCGCCGCAACCGCCGUCUGGGCAUGAGGAUGGCCGUGGGCUCCGUCAAGAUGCAGCCGCCGUGCGAGAGCCCGGCCCUGGCCGCGGCGGCAGCGGUGGCGGCGGCGGACGGCGCCCUGCGCCGCAGUCCCAGCGCCCGGGAUCCGGAGCGCGAGCAGCUGCCGGUGCCGCCGCGGCCGCGGCUUCGGGACUUGCCGGCGUUGCUGCGAAGCGGGCUCACGUUGCGGAGGAAGCGCAGCGCCGCCGGGGGCCGGACUUUAUCGAGAAGAAUUUCCAAUCCAUACCUUGAACACAGUCCUUCCCAGAUUUAUGGAGAGAAUUCUUCUUGUGCAGGAAGAGCAUUGAGGAAUAUUAUUAUUGUUCAGGCAGCUGACCUGAUAAAGGACAGAGUGAACCUCAAGGGAUUUUACAGGAGAAGCUGCGUUGGGUCAGAACUGGUAGACUGGCUUCUAGAACACUGUCCUUUUGUCCAGUGCAGAUCUAUGGCCAUAGGGGUCUGGCAGCUCCUACUGGAUAUGGGAAUUAUGUCAUCAGUGGAUCAGCAUUUAUACUUUCAAGAUACCUAUGUUUUCUACCAGUUUUCAUCUGAUGAGUGUAGCUACUUGUACUGUGAAUUUGAAAGAGAGGAGGAAUGGCAAAAUGGUGUCAAACUUUUACUGCAACUUGUGCCUCUCAUUCCCACCAGAGCUGGCAUCUGUGACCUAUCUCAUCAGAAAAUUGAAGACUCAGAGGAGAGCAGCGACGAAAUUCUUGCCCGUCUAACGUCUGCGGUGCAGAGAGAGCUAGCAGCUGUUAUUGCUUUGAAAGCAAAGAAGUCUGCAAUUGAACAAGACGAAGACAAUAGUGACAAACAUGAAACUGUGACAGAGGCUGACUGCAUUCCAGAUCCUCAGGCUGGGGUGAUGUGCAAACUUCAGGAGAGAGAUGAUAUCGGGCGAAUUGAACUGGUUCAGAAGCUGGCAAGAGAAAACUGUCAAUUUUUGCAGACGGACAAAAAAGAACAAGAGAAGUCAGACAACCAGGAUGAUGAAGUGACAACCGUCCAGGUUAAAGAGCAGGACCGGAACGUCCUGGUGCUGAAGAAAGUGCAGAGCUGCGGCCCAGCCCCCCAGGCGGGGAGCUCCGAGAGUGAUUGGAGAUACGUGGUCGUGUCCGGGACCCCGGAGAAGAUCUUGGAGCACCUUCUGAAUGACUUGCACCUGGAAGAAGUCCAGGACAAAGAGACAGAGACCCUCCUUGAUGACUUCCUUCUCACGUACACAGUCUUCAUGACAACCGACGACUUGUGCCAGGCACUGUUGAGACACUAUUCUGCUAAGAAGUAUCAAGGCAAAGAAGAAAGCUCCGAUGUUCCUUGCCGGAAACGUAAGGUCUUGCAUCUUGUUUCCCAGUGGAUUGCUCUCUACAAAGACUGGUUACACGAAGAUGAGCAUUCAAAAAUGUUUCUGAAGACCAUAUACAGGAAUGUGUUGGAUGAUGUAUACGAAUACCCAAUACUCGAAAAAGAACUGAAAGAAUUUCAAAAGAUACUUGGAAUGCACCGUCGUCACACUGUGGAUGAAUAUUCACCACAGAGGAAGCAGAAUAAAGCCCUUUUCCACCAAUUCAGUCUCAAGGAGAACUGGCUGCAGCACAGAGGAACUGUGACGGAAACAGAGGAAAUUUUUUGCCACGUAUAUAUAACAGAGCACUCCUAUGUCAGUGUGAAGGCCAAAGUUUCCAGUACAGCCCAGGAGAUCCUGAGAGUUGUGGCAGAAAAGAUCCAGCAUGCAGAAGAGGAUCUGGCUUUGGUAGCCAUUACCUUCUCUGGGGAAAAGCAUGAACUUCAGCCAAAUGACUUGGCCAUCUCCAAAUCCCUUGAAGCAUCUGGUCGGAUAUAUGUCUACCAGAAAGACCUGGCUGACACUUUGAAUCCGUUCGCAGACAAUGAGGAGUCACAGCAAAGGUCGAUUAGGAUUUUGGGAAUGAACACUUGGGAUCUCGCUCUGGAAUUGAUGAAUUUUGAUUGGAGCCUCUUUAAUUCAAUUCACGAGCAAGAGCUGAUCUACUUCACGUUCAGCAGACAAGGAAGUGGGGAGCACACGGUGAACCUCAGCCUUCUGCUUCAGAGAUGCAAUGAAGUCCAGCUCUGGGUGGCCACGGAGAUUCUCCUCUGCAGCCAGCUAGGCAAGCGAGUGCAGCUGGUGAAAAAAUUCAUCAAAAUUGCUGCUCACUGCAAAGCCCAGAGAAACCUGAAUUCCUUCUUUGCUAUUGUGAUGGGUCUCAACACUGCUUCUGUCAGCCGGCUGUCCCAGACUUGGGAGAAAAUUCCUGGGAAGUUUAAGAAACUUUUCUCUGAACUUGAAAGUUUAACAGACCCUUCCCUGAACCACAAAGCCUAUCGAGAUGCAUUCAAAAAGAUGAAGCCACCUAAAAUCCCCUUCAUGCCCUUACUGCUUAAAGAUGUAACAUUUAUUCAUGAAGGAAAUAAAACGUUUUUGGAUAAUCUCGUCAAUUUUGAAAAACUGCACAUGAUUGCAGAUACUGUCCGAACCUUGAGACACUGCAGGACUAACCAGUUUGGAGGUGACAUGUCUCCCAAAGAGCACCAAGAAUUAAAAUCCUAUGUCCAUCACCUGUACGUCAUCGACAGCCAGCAGGCCCUGUUCGAGCUCUCGCACCGGAUCGAGCCUCGGGUGUGAUCCCCGCCACCUCACCCCCGCCACCCCUGGAACUGCAGCCCCGGGAGUCAUGGUUCUGGCAGUGCCAAGCACAUGGCUUUCCUGCGAGAGAAGAAGUUGCUGAGUUUUAUCAGUGUCUCGGAACUGCACGGGAAAGCCAGCCAGAACGGGCUCGGGGAGUGACAUCAGCCGCCAGAGACAGGGAGAGGCUGCUCUCGGAAGGAGAAGGAGAAGGCAGAAGGAGAGGCAGAAGCUUUCUCGAAACAGGGAAGUCCGGUUUCUUAGGAUCACCUUGUUGAGCCAAUCCAGUUUUCACUUUGAGAUGUGCUAUGCCAGCCUCAGGCGGAGAGACCGUCUUGGGUGAUACAGGGACCACACAUCUCAGUGAGCCGCAGAGCCUGGCGGGAGACGACUCGUUCUAGGCUGCAAAGAAGGAGCUUGUUUGAACACCCAAAGAAGUGAUGACAUCUCUAGGUUUCCAGGGAGACUGACUGGGCUCUGUCUUUACGCACUCUGCCAUCACCCAAAGCCGCUCGUGUCUAGGGAGUUAGUGAGGGAUGGGCCCCUGGCCUCCGUGCUCUGCUCCACAGAGAGAAAUGUCAGGGCAUGCAUUUCUUUGCAUCCACAAUCACUUAGUGAUGUCUGCUUGCAGGUGCAACUCGUGUCUGCACAGCUCAUUUAUAGCUGUAGGCAAGUUAGAUUAAGUUGCUUUGCCAAUGUGGAAAAACUGUCCUCUUUAAGAAAUUGACUUGCCUAAUUUCUGGGGAUUUUUUUUACAAGUGCAAGCAGGCUCUCAUUUCUCCUUGGGCACAAUAUGAUUUUUGAAAAAAAGCACAGUGCCUGACACAUUGUGGACACUCUGCGGAGAUGACAAAGUGACAGAGGUCUGCCUUCUUGGGCCUGGCGACGCCCUGUGUUUUGCAUGCCUCUGGCAGCCUCGAGCCCCCACUCUGGAAUGAGAACCGCCAGUACAGGGAGGUUAAGUGGGAUUUGAUGUGUGAGGCACUUCGUACUCCCCGGAGGAGAACAAGGGAUUAAGAUAGUGGUGAUUGCCUGUCGUUCAGCAAAUGAAAAGCGCCCCCACAUAUCCAGCUGUCUCAUUUACCUUUGCCGCUUAAAAAUCCUAUAGUCCACCUCCCAACCAAGAACAGGGAGGCAUUCUAUAAUUUGCCUUUUUUUCUUCUAAGUCUCAGAGGCUUUUAAGUCUCUUUGUAUUCCCAUUUUUACAAGUUGGGCUCCUCCAGUAAAUGAGACCUCUUGCUGUUCUCAGAAACCGGUUAGGGGAUCUCCCUCAACUUCAAAUGAACAAAAAAGCCUAUGGGAUACAAUAAUGAAAUCGACCCCUGCCAGCCAGAUCCUUGUCACUGUGCUAAAAUACAAGGACCCUGCUUCACAUAUUAGAUCCAUUGAUUUUCCACACGUGUGACCCUGGUGCCCUUCUUGCCACCCGUGCCCGGUCCUCUCCUUGGUGCCCGGACAGAACUGCUUCCUUUGUCUCAUCAGCACCUCAUUACUGAGAUGCACCUGAGGCUUUCUGUCACCUUUCUAGCAGUGCUGUUUCCUGGGCUCCAGCUUGCAAGAUCACUGGAAGGAACCCCCGGGAGCACAUUUGGGGUAGGACUUUGAAAGCGACUCAUUCUUUCUCCAGCCCUGAAGAUUAACAGGGCUUUAUAGAGAGCCACCAUCCCAAGCUGGUCCACUCAGAGAAAUGCCCCGGGCUGCUGGGAAUGGACUGGGACCUUUUGGAGAUCAGAGCCAUCAGAAUCGGGAAGAAGAGGCUUCUCUCUCGGCUCAAACACUGGAAAAGCUCCCCUUGGCAACUAAUGAGGAUGGCAUGGGCUUACAGCACCAAGAGGGUGUUCUGGUCUUUUCUCUGUGCUACAGAGUAGCAUUUGGCCAUCCUCCCUCAUGUAGGGCCAUUUUGAUGUUGUCUCUGUGUCGUACGGUUUAAAUUGUUACUCAUAUUAGAUCAGCAUUGCUCCAACUAAAACAAUUUCACUUGCUCCAGUGAACUAUUUCAGCACAGCACCUGGCUGCUUGGACCGCAACUGAGAUACGUACAUGGCCGGACGAGCCCCCACGUCCAUCCCACACAUCCAGCCUGAGUGCAUUUCGAGGGUUUGGUCAGGGUACCACGUGUGGUACAGUGGAAACAGUCUGGGGGAGAAGACGGUGCUUGUCCAUGCUUCCUCCAGCUGUGGUCACAUGGCUCUCUGGGCAGCAAA